GAAAGCGCCCCUGGUUAAAUUUACCAUCCAAUUCGAAUGCAAGGCUUCAUAUCAAAGAAAAACGAUCAUCUUCGAAGUUCAAACCAUUCCCAACGAUCAAUUUUCGUACAUUUCCUGGACUAGCUAGAUUUGUUUGAGCCCAAUUUAUCGAUUAUUGAGGCCCAAAAUGGUUCGGGGGGCUUCCAGGGGCCGCCUCCAACGGUCAACGGUGAAAAGUGCGGUGUUGCAGAGAUGAAGCUUCGAGAUCCCGAAGUCAGAUUCAGGCCCCUGAUAAUCUUUCGUUCGUUUAUUAUUUGCAAAACGGGAGUUUUUUGGUGAAUUCACAGAGAUGAGCAACCAUUUGGAUUUGGUGUCGCUAUGCAUGGAGGCCGCAUGUGAGAGUAGAGAGAGCGUCGACAAAUGGCGAAGGCAGAGGCGUAGGCUGGACCGCUUGCCCUCUCCUCUUGCCGAUGCUCUGCUCCGCCGCCUCCUUAGUCGUCAUCUCCUCUACCCUUCCCUCCUCGAAGUUUUCAAACACUGUGCUGAAGAGAUUGAUGUCAGAGGUGAACCCUCCGUGGAUGCGGAGUGGAUAGCAUAUUUGGGUGCAUUUCGCCAGUUGCGUUCCUUGAAUGUUGGAGGUUGCCGUAGAAUCACCAAUUCAGCCCUAUGGGCUAUUACAGGAAUGACCAGUCUACAGGAGUUGGAUCUUUCAAGAUGCUCGAAGGUCAAUGAUGCUGCUAUUAAGCACAUUCUUUCCUUAGCAAAUUUGGAGAAGUUACACAUUGCUCAAACAGGUGUGACAGCAGAAGGGGUCAAACUUCUUGCCUCCCUUAAGGCCCUGUCUGUUCUUGACUUGGGUGGAUUACCUGUAAAUGAUGUGGCUUUAAAUUCAUUACAGCAGGUGCUGAAAAAGCUACAAUACCUGGACGUUUGGGGUAGUGAAAUUUCAAAUGAAGGUUCUGCUAUUCUCAAUAUGUUCCCCAAGUUAAGCCAUCUAAAUCUUGCUAUGACCGGUGUCACAAGAUUGCCUAACUUAUUGUCUCUUGAAUGUUUGAACAUGAGCAAUUGUAUUAUUGAGUCAGUACUUCAAGAUGGUAAAGCUCCUUUGGCAAAGCUUGUUCUUUCUGGCACUACGUUUCUAAAUGAAGCCGAUGCCUUGUUACAUCUAAAUACAAACUUCCUAUCUUUUCUGGAUAUCUCAAAUUCUUGCCUUCACAACUUCUUCUUCUUAAGUAAGAUGGAAGUAAUAGAGCAUUUGAAUCUCAGCUCAUGCAUGAUUGGAGAUGAUUCAAUUGAAAUGGUUGCACUCAUUGGUGGAAACUUGAAAAGUUUGAAUCUCAACGGUACUAGAGUUAGCUCUGCUGGAGUGGGAAUUUUGGCUGGACAUGUUCCCAGUCUUGAGAUUCUGUCAUUAUCUGAGACCCCAAUAGAUGAUGCUGCCCUCUCAUAUAUUGCCAUGAUGCCUUCAUUAAAGGUUGUGGACCUGAGCCAUACAAUUAUAAAAGGUUUUGUACAGCAGGAAGAGACUCAACUAGAUGCUCCUCUCUCUCUAGCAGCCCUGCAGAAUCUUAAACAAUUGGAAAGGUUGAAUUUGGAGCAUACUCUUGUUAGCGAUAGAGCUUUAUGCCCUCUGUCAAGCUUCCAAGAGCUGAGAUACAUCUCUCUGAAAAGCACUUCACUGGCUGACAUUUCGCUUGAUUAUUUGUCAACAAUUCCUAGACUGACAAGUCUUAGCAUAUGUGAUGCCAUAUUGACAAAUUAUGGACUAGAAACUUUUAAACCCCCAGCGACUUUAAAAUCGAUGGACCUCACUGGUUGUUGGCUCUUGAUGAGAGACUCUAUCUUAUCAUUUUCUAGAAUUCAUCCUCAAAUUGAAGUAAGACAUGAACAACUUAGUACUGGAAUCCCUGAUGACCGAAACAGGCCUAAUCGGCCUACUUCCUCUCGAUUGACUUUAAGGCCAGUACAAGGGGUGAAGAAGAAAGAAAUCAUGGCUGUGUCUCCGAGUUUUAUAGAUCAAAGAUUGAAGUAUACGAGAGACGAGUUACUUGCAUUGCAGUCCAUGUCCUUGGUCGUUGCAUCUGAUAACGAGAGGGACACUGCAGUGUCUGAGAAGUGAAUAGAUUGAGGUGGGCUAAUUUUCUUCUGGACAGCUAUCAAUGUACGUGUGGCCUGAAUACUUUUUUGUUUUCUCUGUAAGCAUGUCAGCAGCGUUUGUAAACCGGUUCAAAUUAUUUUUUUCUUACUCAUCUUAAAAUGAGCGCUAUUAGUGCCGCUGCGUAAGCUUGCCUCUCAAGUCUUGAUGAACAGAUAUGGGGUUAUAGAUUAUAUCCAUUGAUGUUAAUAUAAAUUUUAAAUUUCUCUUCCUAAAA